CUGGGUCCCGCCACCGCGCUUUCCCGCUCCCACAGCAGUAGCCGUCUGCGUCGCUGUCGCUGUUGUCCUCGCCUUCGCAGCGGACCUCUGGAAACUCAAGAGCCACCAUGCCCAACAUCGUGCUCUUCAGCGGUAGCUCGCACCAGGACCUGUCCCAGCGCGUGGCCGACCGCCUGGGCCUGGAGUUGGGCAAGGUGGUCACCAAGAAGUUUAGCAACCAGGAGACCAGUGUGGAGAUCGGUGAAAGUGUCAGAGGGGAAGAUGUCUACAUCAUCCAGAGUGGCUGUGGAGAAAUCAAUGACAACCUGAUGGAACUGCUCAUCAUGAUCAAUGCGUGCAAGAUCGCCUCGUCCUCCAGGGUGACUGCGGUGAUCCCGUGCUUCCCGUAUGCCCGCCAAGAUAAAAAGGACAAGAGCCGUGCUCCGAUUUCUGCCAAACUUGUGGCCAACAUGCUCUCGGUGGCAGGGGCCGAUCACAUCAUCACCAUGGACCUGCAUGCCUCUCAGAUACAGGGAUUCUUUGAUAUUCCGGUGGAUAACUUGUAUGCAGAGCCCGCCGUUCUGCAGUGGAUUCGAGAGAACAUCAGCGAAUGGAAGAACUGUAUCAUUGUUUCACCUGACGCAGGAGGAGCCAAAAGGGUCACAUCCAUUGCAGACAGGCUGAAUGUGGAGUUUGCUUUGAUUCACAAAGAGAGGAAGAAGGCAAAUGAAGUGGACCGGAUGGUGCUGGUGGGCGACGUGAAGGGUCGCGUGGCCAUCCUUGUGGAUGACAUGGCCGACACAUGUGGCACCAUCUGCUUCGCUGCCGAUAAGCUACUCUCAGUUGGAGCCACCAAAGUUUAUGCUAUCCUUACCCAUGGUAUCUUCUCUGGGCCAGCAAUUUCCAGAAUAAAUAAUGCUGCCUUUGAGGCUGUUGUUGUGACAAACACAAUUCCGCAAGAGGACAAAAUGAAGCACUGCACCAAGAUUCAGGUGAUUGACAUCUCAAUGAUCCUGGCCGAGGCCAUCCGGAGAACCCACAAUGGGGAAUCCGUGUCUUACCUGUUCAGCCAUGUCCCACUGUAAACGCGAAUGGGAAGUGACAAGUGAUGUCCCACUUGUUUGAAUCUCUGCUUUUUUAGUGGUAGGACUCAGCAAUGAUAAGAUAAUCGCUGGCAAAAGCAUCAGAUAUUUGUUCACUCUGAGAUUCAGUGUUUCCCCUUCUGAACCUCAAGCAUGUAAGGGGCCGGGGAUUUAGCUCAGUGGUUCUGGUGCCUGCCUCACAAGCACAAGGACCCGAGUUCAAUCCCUGGCACCAAAAAAAAAAAAAAAAAAGAAUGUUUCCAGCUUAUUGGGGGAUGGUGGUGGUUAUUUGGUUUUUAGUGGACUGUCUUAAAUGAGAAAUGUUUUUAUUGUCUUGACUUUUUUUGAUUGGUGAUCUUGCCUUUGUUCUUUUAGUACAUCUCUGAGGCAACAGCACUCUAAUAUAAAAUUCCAUUCUGGAAACUCAUAUUUUGUAUAUUUUGAGGUUGCCAAAGGUAACUUCAGAUUAAGCCUUCUGUGUAAAUAUAUAACCAUAAUGCCUAUGGAUAUUUGGGUAAAAACCCCAUAUAACCCUUUACUUUGGAGUGAAUCUUAGAAAAAUUAUGACACGAUGAAUUUUGAAUUUUUCUUUUUUCUUCUUUUACUUAAUGCUAACUGGGUUUCAGUUAAACUAAUGUAGUUAUUGUGCUUCAUCUGAACCAAAUUUCACUUAGCUUAAAAUGGCCAUUGACAUGUUCAUUUUGGGGAAAACAUAACUAUCGCUUACUUGAAGCGCCAUUUUCCAAAACUCCAAAAUUAUGUUCAGCAAUUCUCUGACUUAGAAACCACAUUGAGAUGUAGUCUCUAAACUCAGUGUCAUGUUGGUGCUUUCCUCUGGCCAUCCCAGAAACACCUCAGGCCCUGCCACCUUGUUCUUUCCAUCAUAUUUUUAGCUAAAGCUUUUACUUGCGAUUGUUUCCAAUGACUUCACCUUGUGGACUUCCAACAAAAUAAGGACUCCUCCAAAUCCCCUCAAAUUUACUAGCUAAUCAUUAUUUUGCUUUUGAUAGAAAAGGUGAAUUUUUAUGAGUGCCACCAAAUACAUAUUUAAGCAUUAUUUCAUGAACUUUGAUUCAGUGUUCUUUUAGUUUUCAUAAUGGAAAGCUGUAGGUUUCUAGCAACUGUUUAUCUUAACUAAAGCUAUUACAAACAAAAUGUGAGUAGGAGAGUCCUAUGAAAAAGUAAACAAAAAGUUGAUUCAUUAAUGGCUCAAAGUGAUCCUGAAGGGGAAAUUCACCUAGGAUUGUAUUCAUCAUAAGAUGGCCUCUUAGAAUUUGGUCCUCCUAAGUGAAGUGCCUCACUGCCUCUAGUAAACAUGUAACAAUUUUAUUUCUCGGAAUUUCUAUGCUUGGAUGAAAUGAAGACAUAGUUGUAUUAGAUGCAUUAUGACUAAAGCCAGUUAAUUUAAAAGUAAUCAUUUUCUCAAGAUACCUGAUUUUUAAAAAAACUGCUUUACUGUUCUCUGAAUUAACUGAUGGUUUCUAUUAUUAUUUAGCUCCACUUUUGUAUUUUAAAGUAUAGCUGAAUACAUUUAUGAACUAAUUACUGUCCUCAGCUUUACACAGUAGAAAUGCAGACUAUAACUGCCUUGAUUCUUUCAAUUCAACAAAGAUGAUGAAGACUGCCAAGCAAAUCUUAAGCUUUCUUGUUCCUUGCUGUUCAUGGUGUGGAAACUUAAGUGAGACCACCAGAGAGUCCUGUCCAGCUACACUGAAUGGGGUGUAUACUUGGUAUAUAUCUAGUGGAAGGGGGGAGCCGGAGAAACACAAAUAUACCAGAGUUGCUUAGCCUCCAACUUAAAUUAUAUUAGUCAACCUGUAGAUGUUUCUAUGAUGAUAACUUUCCUUUGUUAGAUAUGAUGCCAACUAGAUUCAACAAUACUGUUUAUCAUUUGCAAUGCUUGUAUUGGUUUAGAAUAUAGGAUUUUAAGAUCCUCCGAUGCUGUACUAAAACAUCUCAAUUAAACCGUACAAACUA